AGGCAGUCGUCAACGGUUCUAUAUGAGAAAUAUUUAGUGUGUGAAAGGCAACAUCAUCGCUAAUUCCAAGGGGGCGCUGCUGGACAUGGAUUUGUUCGAGGGGUUCGGAGUGGGUGCUGUGAACACACCGUUCUACAACGACCUCCUUCGACAGGGCGGGUUUGUUUUGGCUAGUGAGUCUUUUAACUUGUUGGAGGAGAAGGACGUCGGCCUCGACGUCCCCUGCGACGUCAGCCCCGACCAGGAGUUGUCAAAACCCUUGCAAUUGUGCGGCGGUUGUGAAUCCAGCAGGGCUGCGCUGGAGGGGGGGGAUCUGGGUUUCGGUGCGGCUACUCAAGUGCAGCGGGGGGAGAGCCGCGGUCAAUUUGAUGACAACGAAGAUGAGGCAACAUCGCUACCGACGUCUUCGUCGUUGAGUCGAGGAGACCGGUCCGUGCUGUCUAUACCUAGGGCCCGACAAGCCGCUCCAGUUCGAAAGGAGGUCGCUGCGGCUCCCGGAAAGGCGGCAGUCCACUGUGAGGUCGACUUGGAGACUGCCGAGGGCCAUGGCACGGAGGACGAGACCGUGGACGGAGAGGGAACGCAGGGCGCUCCGCAAAAAAAGAGGGGAGAUCGUCAAGACGACGUUGUCGGCUCUUCGAAGAAACAGAAGACCAAGGCCCCGAAGAGUGUGGGGGAGAAACGGAAGGGAACGGAUGGGGAACAGGACCAUCCGGGUAACAAAUGUCCAGCUUCAAAACAAAAGCAGCCUGCGUCAGGACCUUCCUCACCACGACUUGCCAUCGAUGUCGACGCCGGGUACUUCCUGGAGUACAAAGACAGCGUCAGGACGAAGCGGGAGUUCGAGAUUAGCCCUGCUCAGGUCGUCGACCUCGGGGAGUGGGAAGAUCUGUACAACCAGCGGUCCUUGGAUCCUCUCCUCGUUGAAGGGAUCAAAGAAGCGAUGUGGUUGACGAUCGAAAACAAAGAACAAAAGUACGAGUUGCCAACCCUGAAGCUGGCACUACUGGGGCUGCAAGAACCAACUCCAAGGAACAAGGCACAACGUCUGAAGCCGGAGGAAUGGAAGGACGAGCUGGCGGGACAAUACUACUACUACGCAGUGUGUGGGCAGCGCAACGCGGCUACAGCCCGAUCGUUGCUCGACAGCGAGGUGGCCAAGAAGUACAAUUUCGAGCGGUGGCCGACACGAAUGGUGUACUUUUCGGACAACGACUUCGAAGGGUAUUUUCUUGUUAGUUCCCUGGACAAGAAGAAGGACCUCAAGGCACCUCCUAGACAGUUGAAACUGUCCAUAAAAGAAAUUCGGUGGCAGUGGAAGCAUAAUGUUUUCCCUAGAGCUGUCAUGGGGAACCCUAACGGGAAACAAGAACAGGUCUGGAAAUGGUGUGAGUUCUGUACGAUGGCGCUCCAUAAGACGCCGUACAACAACUUGUGGAUUCUCGCAGAUCAAAAGGGAGAGGACGCCAUUAAGAAGCAAAAUGUUGCUCUGCGUUCUUAUUUCCCACUGGCGAUGGCCGGAGAGAAUGUCUGGAAACUGGCCGGCUCCCCCUCGUUGGCGAAGCUGGGGAAGCUCAACUGGAAGCUCAACGUGCAGGAAAUGGUGCAGUUGGUGAAGUGCGACCACGUGCUGGUCCGGUUGUGGAAUUACUACCAAUUCAAGCACGAGAAGAAGCCGGACGAGGAUUGGAUCCAAAAGUACCCUUUCCUAAAAUCGAAGUCUGCCGUCUUCAAAAAGUUCAAAAAUCGAGUAUUGGAUGACGAUUUGUGGGACGGUAGCAGGAAAUGCGUUUCUGACGCGGCGUUGUUCAUGGACUACCCACCGUACAUGGGUUGCGGCGAGGACCAGUCGAUCGAGGCGACGAAAAAGUUGGCCAGCCAUAGGAACUUGACCGUCGACUGGAGAAACAAGGUUCUCUCCGUGUUGACAGGGAGUAGACUGAAGAGUCGGGAGAUCACACUUGCCGAAGGCAUUGUGCACAUAAAAUGGAAAGACACGAGGGACGUGACAUCCAUCGCACCAUUCGACAACGACCCUUUGGAGGCGGACGUCCGGAGUGCAGAGCUGAAGGAAGCCGUGACUGCCUGAAAGAGCCACACUUUCGUCCUCGAUUUGUGCAAACCAGUUGACCUGAAGCUAUGGAAACCGCAAGCGUUCGAGA